AUGACAUCAUUCAGUAUCCCCUCUCCGCCCAUCUUUAAAAGUCUCACCCCUUGCCUUAAUCCUCCCCCUCCCCCUCUCUCCAUCAAAACUCAACCCCACAUACCCAUCCCGCCAUACUCUCCCUCUCCCUCUGAAUCGCGUACGUUCUCAAAGCCUGGCUUCCAGCGGCCCAGAAAGUAG